AUGGUGUUACUGCACUCUCUGAUGCGUCAGCGGGUAUAUGCGGGGGGGAAAAACGUUAUGCAGCGGCGCGUCCGAUAUGCGCAGCUGGCACGGAUCCGGCCCACAUCCAGCCCACAUCCGCCGGGAGGAUUCAAUGCAGUUGUGGCGCGUCUGGUCGGCGCAGCUGCUCCGGAUCAGCCCCGCACCCGCAGGACGGACUGUCACAGCGUUUGCAACAGACAAGUCUGGCGCAGAGUUGGUGCAGAUCUGUAUAGUGAGUGCGACUGCUGCGUGAAUCUGCUGAUUCGAAAACGGAUCUGGCACAGAUGUAAAUGCUGUCUGGGGACACCUGAGGAGACUCGGCGGCUCAUCCACUUCAGGGCAGAUAAUGAUGUCCAAAACAACGGCCAAACAACAAUGGGAGAAUUGAGGACUCCAAAAACCGGCUCAGGGACAGACCAGGGUGAGGUCACUGUUGCUACAUGGCAGUAUUUUGGAGAUAUGCACGAGGUUUUGGGUGCCCGGCCUGCGAUGGACCCCCCUGUGGUGGUGGCAUCAUAUCAACCAGGGGCAGAGGAUCCCAUAACAAUCCUCAUGGAUAUUGUGGAGCCCUCUACUACCUCAGAGCUCUCCACCACAGCAGCAUCCUGGACCCCUGACACAGGACCCAGUAGAAUGUCAACCAGUACUCCAGCAGCAACAAGUACCACAACAUCUAGGAGGAGGUCCAAUCCUAUUAUGGAGUUCCUUACCGAGGAGGCCCUUCAGGAGAAAAGGCGCCAUGAAGAGAGUGAGGCAAAGUCACAGAGGUUUUUAGACCUCUUUGAAAGAAAAAUUGAAAAGAUGUGAUUUUACCUGUUGAAUUGCACAACUGUUUAGAUAUUGACGAAAUCUAUUUGUUUUAAUAACUAUA